GCGCCGUCCUCUCCUCACCUCGAAGCCAACAUGAAGGAGACCCGGGGCGACGGGAGCGCCCCUUUCUGCACCCGCCUCAACCACUCCUACCCGGGCAUGUGGGCGCCCGAGCGCUUCGCCGCGGCGCAGGGCAACCUCACGGGUUCCCGGGACCCCCGCGAGGACUGCGGCUCGGUGUCGGUAGCCUUCCCGAUCACCAUGUUGAUCACCGGCUUCGUGGGCAACGCGCUGGCCAUGCUGCUCGUGUCGCGGAGCUACCGGCGGCGGGAGAGCAAGCGCAAGAAGUCUUUCCUGCUGUGCAUCGGCUGGCUAGCGCUCACAGACCUGGUCGGGCAACUGCUCACCAGCCCGGUGGUCAUCGUCGUGUACCUGUCCAAGCAGCGCUGGGAGCAUCUCGACCCGUCGGGGAGGCUGUGCACCUUCUUCGGUCUGACCAUGACUGUCUUUGGGCUCUCCUCGCUCUUCAUUGCCAGCGCCAUGGCCGUCGAGCGCGCGCUGGCCAUCCGGGCGCCGCACUGGUACGCGAGCCACAUGAAGACGCGCGCCACCCGCGCCGUGCUGCUCGGCGUGUGGCUGGCGGUGCUCGCCUUCGCCCUGUUACCGGUGCUGGGCGUAGGCCAGUACACCAUUCAGUGGCCCGGGACGUGGUGCUUCAUUAGCACCGGGGGAGGGGGCAACGGGACGAGCUCUUCGCACAACUGGGGCAACAUCUUCUUCGCCUCCACCUUUGCCUUCCUGGGGCUCUCGGCGCUGGCCGUUACCUUCGCCUGUAACCUGGCCACCAUUAAGGCCCUGGUGUCCCGCUGCCGGGCCAAGGCCACGGUGUCGCAGUCCGGCGCCCAGUGGGGUCGGAUCACCACCGAGACGGCCAUCCAACUCAUGGGGAUCAUGUGCGUGCUGUCGGUCUGCUGGUCGCCGUUGCUGAUCAUGAUGUUGAAAAUGAUCUUCAAUCAGACGUCAGUUGAGCACUGCAAGACUCACACUGAAAAGCUGAAAGAAUGCCACUUCUUCUUAAUAGCUGUUCGCCUGGCUUCACUGAACCAGAUCUUGGAUCCCUGGGUUUAUCUGCUGCUAAGAAAGAUCCUUCUUCGAAAGUUUUGUCAGGUAGCAAAUGCUGUCUCCAGCUGCUCUAAUGAUGGACAGAAAGGGCAGCCUAUCUCAUUAUCCAAUGAAAUAAUACAGACAGGAGCAUGA